CCCAAACAAAAGGAAAACCGAGUCGACUCAGUAGGGGAUCGCUUGCUCAUUUUCCUGGGUGAGAAAUCGAGACCAUCUGCUGCAGCUGAUUUGACUCCCCUUCUUGCGCAGUUUUGUCGAUUCCGUCUCCUGCAAACUUCUAGUUCUUCUUCCCGAGGCGAAACCACCCAUCAUCUUUUCUUGUUUGAAAUUGUGCGAAUCUUGCAGAUUCCCGCAAGGCUUAAUCCGCCAUGUGAUGCCCAGACGAAGCGCGCCCUUGUAAUCUGGGUUUUAUCUUCUUCACUUGGUCUCCCAUGUCGCGUUUCGCUUCUCCCCUUUCGCACGAUCCGGACAUCCUCUGCCUCUGCUCCGCCUCUCUGCUCCGAUUCCGUCCCCAGAUUUCGAAGUCGUUUGUUCAAGCUUGCAAAACCUAAUCUCACCGAUCUCGCAGCCCCGGGGGGCGAAGGUAAACGACUUUGUCAUCUCAUUUCCUAUCUGAGUGAAUCGGGUUAGUCGCAUCUGCAGAGUUUGACAGUUUGAGCUGUUUUAGGUUAAAUCUGGGAAUUUGGAGUAGAUUGUGUCCACUGUUGUCGAGUUCCUUUCAUGAGCUCACUUGGGAACGCCUGAAAUUUUGAUCUGCUACGUGGUGAAUGCAUUGCGGUUGUUAUUGUGUCCUUGUUGCGGGUUACUAUGUCAGUCUGUAGGACGAAUAUGUUCAAAUUUUUGGGGUAUAAUUAGAAUAAAGAGUCUUUCUUUCUUCAAUUAUUAGGUCGACAAGAUGAUUCUGGCAAAGCAAUAUCGCUGCAUACACUCGUCCAGUUGUCAGUGCACGAAAGGACAUCUAAGCGAGGAUGUGAUUUUCUUAGUAUUCCAACAGAUGAAUUGGAAUCCUAAAGCAAUUGCCACCCUGUCUCUUGUGUGCAAGUGGUUUGAUGAUAUUGCUAAAAGAGUGUUAUGGAAGGAAUUUUGUCGAACGAGAGCUCCUAAAAUGAUGCUCGAUUUGCAAUCUAGUGGUAGCCACAGUAUUGAUGGGAACUGGAGAGCAUUGGCAAAGCUGCUAAUCUACUGUUCAGGGUGCAGUAAGGAUGGCCUCUUUGACAAUGUCCAAGUGCCUGGUCACUUUGUUUACCGUACCCGGUUCUCUAGGACGUCGGGGAAAAGCUUUCUAAUGCCACAGUGCAAAAAUGAUGUUCUCUAUGUGUCUGAUCCUUGUGAACAUCUUGACCAAGGGGACGAGGGGGAUGUGGGAUUUUUUCGUGGGGUUUUCAAGUCAUUCUCAAUGUCAAUGGCUAAGAGAAUGUUGAUUCAGAGGGGAGCCCAGCUUCACCCAACAGAGUUGUGUCCUUAUUGCAAAGCUAAGCUAUGGAGCAUGCGGGCAGCAAAAAUGAUACCUCAGAGUGCCAGCUGUAGGCUAGGUGCUUAUUCGGACUCAACUGACUUCUAUGUGUGCUUGAAUGGACAUAUGCUUGGAAAUUGCAUCCUCUUGCCUCUGUCAGAUUCGGAGGAGGCCUUUGAGUUGGAAUAGUUUUAACAUUCAAAUCCAGAUUGAACUGCUGCAGUUGCGGUACUACAGCGCAACAAUAUUCCGGGUACUCGGGGAGUUAAAGUUUUCGCAACUCUAGGACUGAUCAGAAACAUCAACUCUAUUGUCUGUGUGGGUCCAACAGUCUUUCUUGAGGAAUUGUGGUGGUGUGCUAAAAGGUCUACUUCAGCAGUACCCAAUACGUGCUUGCCCGUCAAAGAGUGAAAGAAGCAUUGCCGUUGAAUGGCCAGAUCUCUGCUUAGGUCUGAGUUUUGUAAACUAAGGAAUGCCAUCAUCCAUUACGAUUGUCUGUUGCAAAGCACCGUACUUGAGAUUUGUUGUAGUAGAUUGUGUGUCAUGCAGUAACCUAUGUCCACCUUUUUCUGAAUAUAUAUUUGUUACCCUGAUAAACUUGACUAAAUCUUCACUUAUUACUUUCAUAA